ACCACCAGGAUCGCUAAACUGACACUCAAGGAAGGCAAGACGCCAGAGAACCUACCUCAUCAGCUAAGGCUUCAGGGGGGUACGAUCCUCGUUGUCGUACCCGGGCGGGCGCCGUUAUGCCUGCGGUGCCGAAGGCAAGGACAUAUACGACGCGAUUGCCGUGUACCUCGGUGCGGGCAUUGCCGUGGCUUCGGACAUGUGGCCCAAGACUGUGCACGCACGUACGCGAGUGCUGUAAUCAGCCGAGCGAGCGACGAGGGAUGCGACCUCAUCAUGGAUGAAGCGGAAGCAGAGGAGGCCGCAACAUCGUCGACGCCAUUUGAAAGGGCACAGCAAGACAAGGCGACAGUCGAAGGUCAAGACAACAAGAGAGCGGAGGCGACAGUCCGAGACGAGAAGCGCACGGUGACGGCUCCUGAAGCCAACGAAAACGAGGGGCAGGCGACAACGCCUGGAAAACCUUCACCGGAUGAAGUGGCGGUGACGGCGAUGGGGAGCACCGGCACCGAGUCGGAAGCCAUCGAGUGUGAGCCAGCCAUGGAACUGGAUCCCUCAAAGGUGAAAGGGCGACUGGCCGACGAGUCUCCGGAAAACGGUGCACCGGUACAGCAGUGGUCUGAGGGGGAGUUUCAGCUGAUAGGUAAAAAAGGUCGCUACGUCAGCAAACUGCGGUCCUCGUCGCUGACCCGCGACGGGGGUCUGUCGCAGUGAGUAGUGACCCUGGUAUAAUAUGACGCAAAGGGUAACCGCCGGAAGCUGGGUCUGACACUAUAAAAAAAAAGGCACAACUAGCGUCUGGUCUGCGCAUAGGGACCCUUAACGUUAGGGGACUUGCGGCACGCCGCCGACAGUGCCAGCUGAGUCGCCUUCUCUUAGAGAAGGACCUAGACAUUUUGGCGGUUCAGGAGACGAAGGUUGAAAGUGAGAGUCAGACCGAGUUCCUGGUAAAACCGUUUACGUCGAGGUAUAAUGUCUGCGUCAGCCAUGCUGUAGGUAGAUCUGGAGGAUGUUGUCUGUUCUUGAGGAGAGCUGCUGGGCUCAUCGAAGAGAACGUUGUAUCGUGUGAAUCGGGAAGGCUUGUUCUCUGCGAUUUUGUUUUCCUAAAUCAAAAGUGGAGGGUUAUGUGCAUUUAUGCGCCAAACGUGGAGAGUGAGCGACGCGCCUUUUUUGAAUAUAUCGACAGAUUUGUAAUUAGUGACCGAUUUACGAUACUGCUGGGAGACUUUAAUUGUGUUUGUAUGCCAGAAGACCGGACAAAUCAAAGACGAAAUAGUGAUAGGUCUAGCGAAGUUUUAAAUCAGUUGAUUCAAGAUAAGGGGCUCGAAGACCUGGCACCCUGCAUAACACCGGGACAUCGGGUCCUUUACACGCACCACCAAGG